AUGGCUGGCAUUUAUAAUGGUGUGCAAGCUCAUAUUUUACAAAAAAAUAGAUUGGCCGUGUUUGUUCCGUGUGCUGCACACAGUCUGAAUUUGGUUGGCGUACACGCAGCAGAUACAUCUCCAACUAUCACUACAUUUUUUGGAAUAGUCCAAAAAGUAUAUACUUAUUUUUCUGGAUCUACAUCAAGAUGGGAAAAGUUAAAGAGUGUAAUAAAUGUUACCUUAAAAUCACAUUGUGAUACACGCUGGUCUACAAAAAAACAAGCAGUUUCAGCUCUUAAAAAUAAUUUAGAAAGCAUUUUUAAAUUAUUAAAAACUCUAAGCACUGAUAUUACUCUUAACCACGAUACGAGAGAUGGUGCUAAAAAUUUAAUUUGUCAAAUUAAUUUAAAAUUUAUAUGCUUGAUAAACUUGUGGAAUGACGUUUUGAGUCAAAUUGAUCAUGUCAAUAUUUUAUUACAAUCAAAGAAUCAAACAAUAGAUGUUGCAUGCAGCCUUAUAAAUGGACUAAUUCUAUCAAUUGAAGAAAUCAGAAAAAUUGGAUUUAAUAAUUCAUUAGAUGAGGCGAAACGUACGGCAAAAUGUCUAAAUAUUUCAUCAGAAUUUAAAGAUAAGCGUAAACGUAAGAUUCCAAGGAAGGAUUCGUGUGAAGCCGACGAUGAAGGAACAGUAUCAGAUGAAAAUAACUUAAGAAUCCAGUGUUUUCAAUCGUUAGACUCAAUUUUAACAAGUUUAAGGUGGAGAUUUGAAAAAAUGUCAGAAAUUAAAUCAGAAUUCCAAUUUUUAACUGGAAAUUGUUUAAAGAUUAUGCCAUCCGAUGAAAUUAAACGUUGGGUUAAUGAUUUGGCGCUUAAGUAUGAACAUGAUAUAGAUGGUCCUGAAUUAUUUUUAGAAAUUGAAAAAUUUUAA